GGGAGAUUUAUUUGUUUUAUUUUGAAGGUAGACGCCGGAAAUCCUUUAACUUUUAGACGAUUUCGACAUUGUAUAAACAUGGCGAGCCUGGCAGAUGUCGGUUGGAAACUUCUGGAAUUCAAAGCUCGAUCCAAAAGAUCAGAUUUGUGAUUUAACUGAGAGAGACGACAGGCCUUAAUUUCACCAUUUGAAAAUGGCUGCUUCAGUGGCUGCGGUUACCCAGCCUCGUCGGAAAAUUUGCAGACUUGGCUCCAUCUAUGAACCUCUCAAACUGUCAAUUCUCCAGAGGGAGGAUGAACCACUGUGGGAGAAGCUAGACCGCUACUACAGCGCUGUCAAGACAACCAUUCUGAACUACCAGAGUCCCACGACUGGCCUAUUCCCUGUCAAAACAUUCUCCACAUGCAAAGAAGCCAAGGUGCGAGACUCCCUGUACUGUGCUGCUGGUGCCUGGGCUUUGGCUAUGGCAUACAGGCGCAUUGAUGACGAUAUGGGACGGACCCAUGAGUUGGAACAUUCUGCCAUCAAGUGCAUGAGAGGGAUUCUCUACUGCUAUAUGAGGCAGGCUGAUAAGGUGGAGCAGUUUAAACAGGAUCCCAGCCCAUCUAAGUGUCUGCACUCUGUGUUUGAUGUAAACACCGGUGAUGAGGUUCAGUCAUACAGCGACUACCAACACCUGCAGAUUGAUGCUGUUUCUCUUUUUCUGCUGUAUCUGGUGGAGAUGAUCUGCUCUGGUCUGCAGAUCAUUUACAACACUGAUGAGGUUUCUUUCAUCCAAAACUUGGUGUUCUGUGUGGAGCGAGCAUACAGAGUGCCUGACUAUGGCAUGUGGGAGCGAGGAAGCAAAUACAAUAACGGCAGCACUGAGCUGCAUUCCAGCUCUGUGGGUCUUGCUAAAGCUGCUCUGGAAGCCAUCAAUGGAUUCAACCUGUUUGGAAACCAGGGCUGCUCAUGGUCUGUGAUAUUUGUGGAUCUGGAUGCCCACAACAGGAACAGGCAAACCCUCUGCUCCCUGCUGCCCAGAGAGUCUCGCUCACACAACACGGAUGCAGCCCUUCUUCCAACCAUCAGCUAUCCUGCUUUUGCGGUUGAUGAUGACGCCCUCUACAGUCAGACACUUGACAAGAUUGUCCGCAAACUCCAGGGUAAAUAUGGCUUCAAACGUUUCCUCCGUGAUGGCUAUCGCACCGCAAAUGAAGACAAGAAUCGCCGCUACUACAAGCCUGCUGAAAUGAAGCUUUUUGAUGGAAUCGAGUGCGAGUUUCCAAUAUUUUUCAUCUAUAUGAUGAUUGACGGAGUGUUCAGAGGAAAUAAGACUCAAGUCAAAGAAUACCAGGACCUUCUUGAACCCAUCAUCUUCCAGUCUUUUGAGGGUCACGCUGUCAUUCCCAAAUACUACUAUGUCCCAGCUGACUUUGUGGAGGCAGAACAGAAAAAGCAUGCAAGCCAGAAGCGUUUCCCUAGCAACUCUGGCCGUGAUGGGAUGCUCUUCCUGUGGGGCCAGGCUCUCUACUACAUUGCCAAGUUGCUGGUGGAUGAGCUGAUUAGUCCGAAAGAUAUUGAUCCCAUCCACCGAUACGUGCCACGACAGGACCAGCGCAACGUUAGCAUGCGGUACUCCAAUCAGGGCCCCAUAGAGAAUGAUGUUGUGAUCCAUGUGUCCCUGAUCGCUGAGAGCCAGAGACUGCAGGUAUUUUUGAACACCUAUGGCAUCCAGACCCAGACACCCCAGCAAGUGGAGCCCAUCCAGAUUUGGCCCCAGAAGGAGCUGGUCAAGGCAUACCGUUUCCUUGCUAUCAAUAGGAAGCUGGGGUUGAGUGGGCGUCCAGAGAGGCCAGUGGGCUGCAUUGGGACCUGCAAGAUUUAUCGUAUCCUGGGCAAGACAGUGGUGUGCUACCCAAUAGUGUUUGACCUAAGUGACUUUUACUUGUCACAGGAUGUUAUGCUGCUUAUUGAUGACAUUAAGAACGCUCUGCAGUUCAUCAAACAGUGCUGGAAGAUGCAGGGACGUCCACUCUUCCUGGUUCUCAUCCGCGAGGAUAACAUCAAAGGGAGCCGGUUCAACCCAGUCUUGGACAUGCUGGCCUCGUUCAAGAAAGGCAACAUUGGAGGGGUCAAAGUUCACGUUGACAGACUUCAGACCCUGAUAUCUGGAGCUGUGGUGGAGCAGUUGGAUUUUCUCCGUGUCAAUGAGGCAGAGAUUCCUGAGUUUAAGAGCUUUGAAGAGCUGGAGCUGCCUAAGCACUCCAAGGUGAAGAGACAGACAAGCACGCCCAAUGCCUCAGACCUGGAGCAGCAGCCAGAAAUCAGUGUGCAGGAAUGGCAGAAUAAAACCACCAACGAGAUCAUCCAGAAGUUCCAUGACUGCGACUGCUUGGCCAGUCAGGCACAGCUUGCCAGCAUUCUCCUUAGGAGAGAAGGAUCAGACUUCUUGGUCAAAGAUGAGAACCUGAUGGAUGAACUGGAGAGAAUCUACAGAAGGGCAGGCAGCAGAAAGCUUUGGUCUGUUGUCCGUCUUGCUGCCAGUCUCUUAACUAAGCUGGUGGACAGCCUUGCCCCCAGUAUUACUAGUGUUUUAGUGCAUGGCAAGCAGGUGACCCUCGGUCUAUUUGGACAUGAAGAGGAGGUGAUCUCUAACCCACUGUCUCCAGGGGUGAUUCAGGGCAUCAUCUACAGCAAGUGCUCCCCUUAUGGUGGGGAGCGGGAGGCUGUUCUGCAGCAAGAGCUGGUCAUCCACAUUGGAUGGAUCAUCUCCAACAACCCUGAGCUGUUCAGUGGCAUGCUCAAGAUCAGAGUCGGAUGGAUUGUCCAGGCCAUGAAACAUGAGCUGAAGAUCCGGGCUGGAGAUUUGCCACCGCAGGACAUCUACCAACUCUCCCCCAGUGACAUUAAGCAGCUCCUGCUGGACGUCCUGCAACCACAGCACACCAACAGGUCUUGGCUGAACAGGCGUCAGAUCGAUGGCUCUCUGAACAGGACCCCUCUGGGCUUUUAUGAUCGUGUGUGGCAGAUCCUGGAGAGGACCCCCAAUGGUAUUGUGGUCGCUGAGACUCACCUCCCACAGCAACCUACACUGUCUGACAUGACCAUGUAUGAGAUGAACUUCUCCCUGCUGGUGGAAGACACGCUGAAGAACGUAGUCCUGCCUGAGUACCGACAAAUCAUAGUGGAGUUGCUGAUGGUGGUAUCCAUAUUGCUGGAAAGAAACCCAGAGCUGGAGUUCAGUGACAAGGUGGAUCUGGAUGGCCUCGUGAAGGAAGCCUUUAAAGAUUUCCAGAGAGAUCGCAGCUGCUCAGAAGGAAUGGAGAAACAGGAUAUGGAGGCAUUCUACAACACACCACCAGUGGGAAAGAGAGGCACCUCCAGCUACCUGACCAAGGCUGUGAUGAUCCAGUUGCUGCAGGGAGAUGUCAAGCCCUGCAAGGACGAUCCAUGCUCUGUUAGUUAGAUUUAAAGUGCUCUGACCCUAAACACAACCAGCUACAGUGCAGUCAUCAAUUGUCCUUUGAGGCCUACUGCAAACAUUCUCAUUUAUUCUGACAAUGAGCUCCAACCUCUCCAGUCUUUCUUCUGCACUGCCUGUACUUCCUUUUUAGAAGCUGCAAGAAAAAUCCAAUUGACAUGAAUGUAAUACAUCAUGUGUGUAACAUUAGAUCUUGGGGUUACAAAUACAAUACAAAUGUAAAUGAAAAAUGCUAAUAAAAAUGCCAUGUGAUACUGUGAUAAUACUCACAGUAUCACAAGUUUGGAGUUCACAUGUGCUUAUCCAUAAUUUGAUUUUAAAAUGAAUUGUCAGUUGAGUUUGUUACAGGCUAAUGCCACUACAUACAGCAAUUAGCUAGCUGUGUUUGCCCUGUAUGCCACUGUAGAUUGUGUACAUCCACAUCCAGUUUGUGUUUCACUCAGAAGCAAAUAUUCUUCAGAUAUGAGUCAUAAUGCCACUUAGCUUGUUGACAGCUAAAACAAUAUUUUCUUAGUCCAUCCAUGCAUCCAUCCAGCCACUCAUCCUUAAGAGAGCUUCGGCUUAAUUUAGCCUGGAUGAUUAAAAGGGGGGAGACGUAUUGCCUGGAUCUGUCCAAAGCUAAUAUGCUACGUUGUUUGGCUGCAUUUAGUAUACCAAUGCACUGUUACACAGUGACAAGGUCAUAGGUGUUGUGUUGUGUUGUGUUGUGUUGUGUUGUGUUGUGUUGUGUUGUGUUUCCUCAUACUGUAUUUGUGCAUUUGGCUCUCUGGGGCUUUAGCCAUGUGGAACUCAUCACUGAAAAUGAAGCAGAUUAUUAUCCAUUAAUUUCAUAUAUGAUUGAUAAAAGAAAAAAUAAUGAACCUUCAUCAAAAUAAAGCUUGUUCAUAAACCUCCAUCAAAA